GCGAAUUUAUGUUUGGCCAGACAGCCGCAAGCAAAUCGUUGAGCCCCAAUACGUUUUGGAAGACUUCACUGGACAGGGGCAUACGGACGAUGUGACAUGCCUCAGCCGCCUGUCAUCCGUGACAGGUUUGCUUGCCACGGGAGGUGACGAUGGAUAUGUUUGCUUUUGGAAGAUUCAGGAAACCUCAGCGGGCAAUGGCGCCAGUUCACGACGCUAUCGACUGUUUGACAACACUCAGGUUCCAUCACAGGCUUACAACCCGGAGCCUGAUCGACGCAAAGUCAAGAAAGGGGAUUUUACUACAGCAAACAAGCGCAUAUCGAACACCAACCAGCAACAGGGCUACCUGGAUUCGCCAUCGUCACUGCAAACUGGGGAAGGUCAAAGCAAUGGUUGGCCUGAGGAACUCAGUGGUCUGGAAGCUGACACAGGUCCGAGUUGGUUACGGUCCUUUGUCAAAGCCAUGAAAGCGGUGGGAGUCGGUUGGAGUCAGCGUCGCGGUUGA